CCGCUUUCCAUCACCGGGUGCUUUGCAGCCCGCGUGGCUUGGGCCGGGACAGCAGGCGGCCCGAUUCCAGGUGCGGGCAGAAGUCGGCUGAGUUUGGAACGGUCUCAAAGUGUUGCAGCUCGCACACUUCAACAGCUUCCACCACGAAGGGCCGGCAAGUUUGUUGAGACGGGUAGUUGUCAAGCUUGUGCUGUUGUGAUUCCCACAUCCGAUGAAACUCAAGCAGGGAAACAGUCUCGUUCGAGGGACGUGGAAGAACCCAACAUUGAGUCUGGCAGGCCCGUCGUUGGCCAUUGGCGAACCGCCUCGGGCACAGUAUCUUCAACCAGGAAUGGCUUUGCCCGUGCGAAAGCGUGCCUGUCUUUUGCGCAGACAGGGGCUUCUGUUCGACUUAUGUUCGCUGACGUGUAUGUCGGCUUCUAGGAUCCGGGCUGAUGGAGUGUAAGAGUGGUCUCCCACACUCCCCAGGUUCGUUACCCCAGGGUGGACUUGACUUUUAGUCGAGCCACAGUUGUACGAGCAGCAUCCUCGUGAGCAUCGACCGACGUCUCAACCAGUCGGAGGAGAGGCAGGCCUUGGCGGUGGCACCCAAGACUGAGCCACCUGGGCAGCAAGGACCUUAACAGGCCGAGUGUUGGUCGCCCGACCACGCCAGCUGGUAAAAGCUAGAAUGUGCAGGCCAUUUGUGUUAUCCAAAUUUCGUGUGGGCUGCGGAACGGUCCGGUUGAUCAUCAAAUGGGACGGCAGGGUAAGAAUGGGUCUCCACAGCUAGGAUCCUCUGGGUGACCACAGCGCGGCAGAACAAUCCAAACACAUGCCUUCCGUGUAUUGGAUGCAUAGGUGUUGAAUGCGUAGGUGUUGAUCCCACAGGGUCAGAGACGCGGAGUGGCCUGCUCAAGUGCCGCAGGAUUGUUGGCGUCGGAUCUGCUGGUCUGGUACACCCGCAGGAUACCUGUGGGGGUCUGUCUCUGCGAGCGACGACCCCGCGGCCGCGGUGACACGGCGGCGCUGAGUUCUGCAUAUAUACGGUACACAGACACAGACGCGGUCAGUUCUUAAAGAGAAAGAAGUUUGAGGAGGCAUGAGAGCGAUAUACACUCGCACAACCCUCAAGCUUGCGUCAAGUGCACAAUGGGGUGACAGGAAGCCUCGAAGGCCAGAUAAAUCUUGCUUGCUGUUGCAAAUCUUUCUCGGCCGCGGAGGUCGCCGCCGUGCCGGCCGAAUCCUUGCGUUGAAGCGAAGAGGCCGCUGAUCGGGAUGGGCGAGAGCGGCCACUAGACCUAGUCAAAAACUUCAAAUGCCCCGCGGACGAAGGAAUCGCAAUCUAGCAAACGUUGCAUCUGCAUCGAGCAGAAUUUUUCUUUCUCCUGUCGUGGGGGCGGGGUCGCUGAUAUCCAGGCACUGCAUGUUCAGUUGGUUCCGUCGUCGGAUGAGGAGCUUCUCUGCACUGCUGGGCGUGGCAAGUACACAGCAGCAGGUGACAGGUGAGAUUCUUGACUGGGGCCUGCGUCGGGGGGCCACGGCCAUUGAGCAUCGUCCAAGACCAAUUUACAUGCCCUGGGCAAAUCCCACAGCUCAUAGCUCAUUGAAAACAAAAUAGGCAUGCUUUCUUCAAAGUCUCGAUCUGUUAUCAUCAAGCAGGAUCUCAUUGUCUUGGUUCAGCGUCGGACCUUUUAUUAGGGAGUACAGAUUUGGAGAAGGAGGCGGACGUCUGUGUCGUUCAUGCUGGCUACCCCGAAUUGAGCAGUCAUGGGGCCCCAUUGUCCAAUCAUGAGGGGUAGAACUUGGCUCAGAACCCCACCCAUUACGUGACUUGUGCAUAGGAAAACGGACAUUGUCAUGGAGAACCGAUCACCUGCACCAUUUUCUCGACAGCCGUAAAUGACCCGAGGAAAUCCACCUACUACAGUACGCGUGUAUAUCUUUCUUUCUCCUCCUCCCUAUUUCUAAUUCCUUGGACCAGUCGGUUCUCUGCUUUGCUACAUCCUCAUACCCCCCUCCCCCCCUCCUCCACGCAGCUUCAGGGCAGGCUGCAUCCAAAAUGUCCCUGAAUCGAGUAUCCUCACUCGAGUCCUUCUCGCAUCUAUCAGUCGAAGGCCAUCGCAGAUCCCCUUCGCCCAGCAGCCGCGAUAGACGCCUCAGUUUUAAUCCCCUGCCCGAGUCCUGGGACCCCCCGGCGAGCAAGCCUGGGUACCUCGAGUCCGUGGGUGCAUUUGAAGUCCCGAAAUGGAAGAGAGUCUUGCAGGUGUUUGCGGCUGUCAUUUACUGCCUCUUUGCAGCAGGUAUCGUUUUUGGAUAUGCAGCCCUCAAGCCGGUCCUCAAACAAGAGGGGGCCUACCAGGAUGUGUGCGGUGCCGGCGACUCGAGUGCCAGCCCCGAUGACAUCGACACAUGUGUCGAGAUCCGACUGAACCUCAUGUUCACCGUUGCCGCCGUCUCCACCAAUGUUGCUGCUCUUCCAGUAGGCACGAUCCUCGACCAUUUCGGCCCCCGUGUGUGCGGCCUCUCUGGGGCCUGCUUCCUAACCGUUGGGUCCCUUUUGAUGGCAUUCGAGGCUAGCCUGCCUUUUGAUGGCCUCCUUGUCGGUUAUCUGUUCCUCGCUCUCGGCGGGCCCUUCACGUAUAUAUCGUCCUUCCAGCUUUCAAACGCCUUCCCGAAGCAUUCUGGGCUUAUACUUGCCCUCUUAACCGGUGCCUUUGAUGCUUCCAGCGCACUGUUCUUGAUCUACCGCAUCAUAUUUGAGAAAACAGGUGGUUCUUUUGGCCACCACAAGUUCUUCCUCGCAUACCUUGUCGUGCCAGCCAUCAUUGCUGUGCUGCAGCUCCUUCUGCUACCAAGACACUCAUACAAGACAAUUGGUGAGAUGAUCGAGCAGGUCGAUCAACCAAUGCCCGAGGUGGUGGAAGACCAGGUGGAUGAGCACACUGCACUCCUGCAACAGGAAAGAAUAGAGCACAGAGAUGCCAUGGCGGCGGACUUUGAAGACCUGAUCGGGUCCAAGAGGGUUGACGAGCAACAGCAAAGGGAGGAGAAGAAGAACGACAUCUCCGGCGUAUGGGGCGUAAUGCACGCUUACACCGCCUGGCAGCAGAUCAGAUCUCCUUGGUUCAUCCUGAUAUGUGCUUUUACAGUCAUCCAAAUGACAAGGAUCAACUAUUUCGUUGCCACCAUCCGGCCACAAUACGAGGCCCUCCUGGGCUCGCACGAUCGGGCCGUUCAAGUCAACAACUUUUUCGACCUGGCGCUGCCAAUCGGCGGUAUCCUUUCCAUCCCCUUCAUCGGCCUACUCCUCGAUCACUUCUCCACCGUCACGGUCCUUUUCUGGCUGGUGGCUGUGACGACUGCCAUCGGUGUCUUCGGUGUCAUUCCCGAGAUGUGGGCUGCGUACGCCAACAUCAUCCUCUUUGUCCUCUACAGGCCAUUCUAUUACACCGCAGUCUCAGACUACAGCGCAAAGGUCUUCGGGUUCAAGACAUUUGGGACCGUUUAUGGCACAAUCAUCUGCCUGUCGGGCUUGUUCAACUUCUCACAGUCUGGUCUAGACUAUCUGCUCCAUCAGACAUUUGAGGGUGACCCCGUACCUGUCAAUCUCAUCCUCUUGUCAUUAGGGUUAGUUAUAGGGGUUAGUAUGGUCUUGUACGUCGGCUAUCGAUCUAGGGGCUUGAAAAGGAAAAUGGUUGAGAUGGAGGCAGAAAGAGCGGUCGGGAUGUAUAAUUGAAAUGCGGAGGUUACUGCGACUGCAUGUUCGGAAAAUCGAUUGACUAUUGAAUCUCUUCUGAUCGCACUAGCGCUGAAGGAGAAUACAAGCAGCACAAAUAAUUCAACCUUUUUUUUCAUGAA